UCUCCGGCUGGCGGUGAAACAGUCGCUUUAGCUCCGGAGCUAAUUCUUCACUUUGUGAGCGGAGAACUUUCAGUCCAAUGGGAGACAGCGAUGAUGAGUUCGACAGGAGGAGGCGGGACAAGUUCAGGAGAGAGAGGAGCGACAUGGAGCGGUCGAGGGAGAGGGAGGAGAGGAGGCGGGACGACUGGCCCGACAGGGACUGGGACCGCGGCAGAGAGAGGAGGAGGGAUUACGAUCGCGGCCGCAGAGAGAGGUUUUCUCCCCCUCGACACAUCAGCCCUCAACACAAACGCAUGAGGAGAGACUGGGAUGACCACCGGGGGGAGCCGUACCGCUACGACAUGCCCUACGGAGGAGGGGCUCCGUUUCCAGGGGCGGGGCCUCAGGGCUGGCAUCCUGACCUCCCCCACCUUCACCCCCACCAUGGAGGUCACCCACUUCAGGGCAGGCUGGGGAUGGCGGAUCCUGACCUUCCUCCUCCUGGUCCUCCCACCAUGAGGAGCUUUAAGGAGUUCCUGUUGAACAUGGAGGACAGUGUCGAUGAGACGGAGGCGGUGAAGCGUUACAACCAGUACAAGCUGGACUUCAGGAGGCAGCAGCUGCAGGACUUCUUCCUACAGCACAAAGACCAGGAGUGGUUUCGCUCAAAGUACCACCCCGAAGACAUCAUGGCCAGUAAGGCGGAGUCUCUGGCCUCCCUCAAAACCCGGCUCGGCGUCUUCCUCUUCCUUCUGGACAACAACUGGCUGGAAAACUUGUCUCUAAACAUGGACCACAGCUCAGCAAUCAUAAAACUCCUCGACGCAGCCGUGAUAAAGAUGGAGGGAGGUACAGACUUUGACCUGCAGGUCCUGGAGGCACCUGCAGCUCCGGUGGCAGCAGCGGGCGGAGAGACGAGCGGUGGCGUCAUCAGUGGAGGAGCAGCUGGAGGCGAGAAGAGCCAGGGCGAGCAGAGCAAAGGAAGCGUCAGCGAUCAGAGCAGCUCAAAGGCGACCAGUAGUCGACCGGAGGCGUCGACCAGCGGAGAGAAGGGCGAGAAAAAAGACUGUGAUAAGGACUGUGAAGAGGAGGCCAAGCAGAAUGGCAAGAAGGAGAAGGACGAAGAGGAGGAGGGGGAAGAGGGGGAGGAGGAGGAGGGUGAGGAGAAGAAAGAUGAUGAGGAGGAGGAGGGAGAGGAGGAGGAGGAAGAAGAGGAGGGUGAGGAGAAGAAGAAGAAAGAGAAGAAGAAGACGACAAAGACAAAGAAGGGCAGGAAAAGAAAACGCAGCGUGUCAGUUGACAGCGGUGAGGGGAGUGCCUCCGACUCAGACUCCUCCCGCUCUGAAGGAGAGAAGGAGGAGGACGAAGAGAAAGAAGAGGAAGAGGAGGAGGAAGGAAAAGACGAGCGUCGUAAAGAGCGAGGGAAAGAGAGGGAGAAAGAGGCCCCUGCGAAACCCCGCCCCCUCCACCUCACCACCUCCCUGUUCAUCAGGAGCAUCCCACCAGAGGUGUCAAAGGAGGAGAUCACUGCGUUGUGUCGCAGGUACCCAGGCUUCCUACGGGUGGCGCUGUCGGACCCUCAGCCUGAGAGGAGGUUCUUCAGGCGGUGUUGGGUGACUUUCGACCGCGCUGUGAACAUCAAGGAGACGUGCUGGAACCUCCAGAACAUCAGGCUCAGAGACUGCGAACUGUCUCCGGUGGUCAACAGAGAUCUGUGUCGGCGCGUUCGCACCGUCAACGGUCUGACGCACCACAAACCGGUUGUGAGGAACGACAUCCGUCUGUCAGCCCGACUUGUGCACAGCUUGGACCAGAGGGGGGAGCUGUGGGCCGAACAGAUGGAGACGAACCCCGUCCUGAAGAACAUUACAGAUUACCUCAUAGAGGAGGUCAGCGCUGAGGAGGAGGAGCUUAUUGGCGCUUCCGGGGGCAACAGUGAAGACGCAGGUGACGCCAAAGACCCCGCCUCUUCCUCUGACGUCAGCGUGGAGACGGACGACAAGCUAAUGAAGGUGCUGGACAGACUGCUGCUCUACCUGCGCCUCGUUCACUCUGUAGAUUAUUAUAACUUCUGUGAGUAUCCUGCUGAGGACGAGAUGCCUCAUCGCUGUGGCCUGAUCCAUGUACGAGGACCCCUACCUGUGGCCAAGAUCACUGCAGCUGAGAUGACUGAACAUCAGAGGAUGUGUGAAGAGCGUCUGGCUCCUCUGCUGUCACCAUCAGAGACACUGAAUGAGGAAGAAGCUGCCAGGCUGGGAAAGAAAGACCCGGAACAAGAGGUGGAGAAGUUCCUGACAGCCAACUCUCAGGAGCUCAGUAAAGACAAGUGGUUGUGUCCUCUGAGCGGGAAGAAGUUUAAGGCUCCGGAGUUUGUGCGUAAACACAUCCUGAACAAACACGGAGACAAGGUCGCCGCCGUCAGACAGGAGGUGGAGUUCUUCAACAACUUCCUGUUGGACUCCAAGAGACCCGCCCUUCCUGAGAACAAGCCCCUCCUACCGCUAGUGCAAGCCGCUCCCCCUGGCAUGCCUGGAUUUCAUGGUCAGUCGCAGCAACAGCAAAGUCUUCUGGGAUAUCCCCCUGGUGUCAGACCUCCCAUGCCUGGUUUUCCUGGUGGGGGACCUCCCUACCCCCACAACCAGUUUGGAGGUGGCCGUGGUAACUACGACAACUUCAGAGGUCAUUUAGGAGGAGGAGGAGGAGGUGGAGGAGGGUUUCCCCCGAAACCACGGAACAACAGGGGCGCACGAGGAGACCCUCGCUCAAUCAUCGAGUACAGAGACCUCGACGCUCCGGAGGACCUCGACUUCUUCUGAACACAACGAAGUCAAAACACAGGAUGUUUUUUUUAGACGUUUUUUAUUUCUACGUUUUCCCAUGAUUCGUUUCAUCUUCCCUCCAUAUCUAGCUCGUCUUUUAGUUUGAGUUAGGACAUGAACUGUGUGUGUGUGCGUGGGUGCUUGUGUGUGUGUACGUCCGGAGCAGGACCAAUGUGACUGUCCAUCAUUGAUUAAAUGAAUUGUUCCACUUUCCAAUAAAGAUCAAUAGAGGAAGA